AUGUCUUCUUCGGAAUACGAUCAGAAACUUAAAAUUCUAACUGGACUGAAGCUUUAUUUGAAUUUAGAAUCAAAUAUGAAGGAUAAUUUCUUCAAGAUUCCAAGUUUGACGUUAAUUGCAAUUGUAGAUGCUUGCUUCCGCAUUGGUUCUGAGUACAAAUCAUGGAUUCACCAAUUACAUCCACAUUUGCGACGGACUUCGAAUGUAGUUCUCAUCGAACUAUUGUUUGAUCAGUUAUUCGUCUUUAAAUGUGGGGUAAAAUACUGUACGGUAUCAUGCUGA